AUGGCGGAUGCCAUGUGCGCUGGGGCCGGGGAGAGAGAGUGCGCCCUCGCAGGGAGUAGAGCAACAAACUGGGUCUCUGGACAAGAGCCCAAGGGGCCAGAAGAACUCAAGCUCCUCACACUAGACACCGCAACCCCACAAGCGACUACUUACCAGCCCACUACACGGAACUCGCCAAAGGCGAACAGCGGAGGAGGCCUAGCCCGAGCCACAAGGGCAGCGGAACCAGCCCACACUGCACCCGACCUUCCACCGCCAGAGACUGCCAACCUCGCAACAGACCAAGGAACUCCCACAGCAAGGCCGACAACAUUCAUCGGCGGCCAUAACAGCGGUCUCAUCCAGCAGCCAACUGUAUCACACAGUGCCCAAACAUCCGUCCUGACAGGCGCUCACCUCGGGAAGUCCAGAAGAGGUACCCAUGGCCAGCCGGAGAAGCAGCCCAAAAGAUACCAACGAGCAACACAGCAACACUCCUGGAGGGGCGCUGCUUGA